AUGCUUUCCGGGGACAUACCUCCAAAUCAAACGAUUUACGUCAAGAAUCUCAAUGAAAAGGUCAAGAAAGAUGAAUUGAAGAGAUCUCUGUACUGCUUAUUCUCUCAAUAUGGAAGAAUUUUGGACAUCAUUGCUCUAAAGACACCCAAGCUUCGAGGACAAGCAUGGAUUUGUUUUAGUGAAGUAACUGCUGCAAGUAAUGCAGUGCGACAGAUGCAGAACUUCCCAUUUUAUGAAAAACCCAUGAGAAUUCAAUAUGCAAAAACAAAGUCAGAUUGUAUUGCUAAAGAAGAGGGAAGUUUUGUUCCAAGGGAAAAGAAAAAGAAACAAGAGGAGAAAGCUGAGAAAAAGAGGUUCCCUGAGGAAUCAAAACAAUCUUCCGUGCCAAAUGGAACACAUGGUGCAAGUAAUGGUGGCCCAACAGCCUCAUUCCGUCCAGGGUCUAACUCCCAAGAAGCAGCUGCUCCUAACAAUAUUUUGUUCAUAGAGAACUUGCCUUACGAAACUACCGGUAGAAUGCUUGAAAUGCUCUUCGAACAAUACCCCGGAUUUAAGGAAGUGCGCUUGAUUGAUGCAAAGCCAGGUAUCGCAUUCGUAGAUUUUGAAGACGACAUACAAUCAUCUAUGGCAAUGCAGGCUCUUCAAGGCUUCAAAAUCACACCUCAAAAUCCCAUGGUUAUAAACUUUGCUAAGAAGUAA